AUGCACGCGGGCGCGCGUAUCGGCGCCAACACCGUGCGCGUCGGCUACGGCAAGGGCGAGUCGUACGCGACCGGCGACGCCCAGGCGAUGCAGCCGACGCGCGCGCUGUGGAUUGGCAACAUUGCGCCGACCGUGACGCCCGACGCGCUGGCCACCGUUUUCCAGGCCUUCGGCGCCAUCGAGUCGGCGCGCGUGCUGAACCACAAGAACUGCGGCUUUGUUAACUUCAUCCGCCUCGAGGAUGCCGUGCGCGCCAAGCAGGCCAUCAACGGCAAGCCCAUCGAGGGCCUGGUUGUGCGCAUCGGCUACGCCAAGGUGCCGGCCGCCAAGAACGAGUCAUCGCUCAAGCUGCGCAACCCCGUGCCUAGCGCGGCGCCGCUGACCGUGUCGGGCCAGAUC